AAGCCUCAAGCUGCGACAUGGGAAUCAGAGCUGGUAUUCAAAUUUUUGGCGACAGUGUAGAGAGGCGGCCCCCAUAAGCACCAAGCUAUCCAUGUGAGUUUCUUUUCCCCCCUGGACAUUGUAGCUGCUGUCACUCCACUUGCUGGGGAAUUCUUGACGAGAUUUUACUUGUCUUUCCAUGCUGUUCUUUCUGUGGUUUCUUUGUUUCUUUUUGUGAUCAAGUUCCAGAUGGCUCAGCAGUGCCUCCAAAAUGAAUAUUUUGACAGAUUGCUGAAUGAUUGCAAACCGUGUCACCUUCGAUGUCCUAAUACCCCUCCUCUCACAUGUCAGCGGUAUUGUCAUACAAUGAAAGGAACAAAUGCCAUUCUUUGGACUUGUUUGGGCCUGAGCUUGCUGCUGUCUUUAACAGUUUUUGUGCUGAUGGUCUUGCUAAGGAAGAUGAGAUCUGAGCCAUCAAAGGACAAAUUUAAAAGCACAGGAUCAGCUUUCCAGAAGGAGGCGAAUGCUGGCCGGGAUGACAGAAAGGAUAGCAGGACCGGUGAGGAAAUUCUUUCCAGAAGCCUGGAGUACACAGUAGAAGAAUGUACCUGUGAAGACUGUGUCAAGAGCCAACCGAAGGUUGAUUCUGACCAUUUCUUUCCACUCCCAGCUAUGGAGGAAGGCGCAACCAUCCUCGUGACCACAAAAACAAAUGACUAUUGCAGUGGCCUGCUGGCUGCUGGGAGUAUCACAAGGAUGGAGGAAUCAAUUUCUACCAGAUAACUAACCAUUUGAAAACCUUUCGUCAGAAGGAAAAGAUGAUGUGUCAUGUCUCUUUAGGAUGGUUGUGAUCAGUUAGACAUAUUUCUCUUACUGUUGGGAGCUUAACUGUGGGCACUUCAUUGGUUUCAAUGAUUAAAUUUUUCAUUUUUUUAGUUUAAUGUAUUUUAAUAGCAAACUUACAGGAUCAGCAUAGAAGGCAGACAUUAAAAACAUGUACUUGCAUGUAGGACAACUCAGAAAAGUAUAGUAAAUGGUGGAAUCUACUGUAUUAUAAAAAUGCUACAAACACCAUUUAGUUGCCAUCAGUAAGAAAUUUACUUCUUUAAAAAAAAAAAAAAUCCAAACGCUGGCAUUGUCCAGAAAAAUUUAACAGGUUUAUUUAUAGUUAUAAAACUGAACUGCUGAAACUUGUUCACUGAAUAAUUUUGACUUGCAUUAAUGCUUUAUAUGUCCCUGCAUUUAUAUUAAAAAAAUUCACACACAAAUGAAGAUGGAAAAACUGCCAGUACCUGAUUUCUGUCCCUUAUUUUCAACUUGCAACCAUAUACUUAGGACCUUUCAACCCCAUGGAAAAAAAAUAUCUAACGUUCAGAACUACCAGUAACAGGAAGAGGAGAAAAUUUUUUUGAAA